CCAUUUUGAAAGCAGGGGGAUCAGGAGGAUUUAAAAACAGCAGCAGCAGUAGCAGGAGAAACUCAAAAGCAUAAGGAAUAAGUUGACUUCAAGUUUUCUGACCAAACACAGACAAGAAGAAAACAAGAUGGUUCACUGGCUGAAGAUCUUCACAGUUGUCAUGCUGUUUUGGAUGCACUUGGACACAACAUGUGGACAGUCUUGCACUGAGGAUCCUUGUCUGCCCAUUUGCACCAAGUGCCCAACCACUGCAUCCACUUCCAUUACAACUAAAGGGAUGAAAAAGAAGAAGAAAUCAAAAUCAACUCCAUCAGGGGGCAGGGUGGUAAUGCGGGAUCAGCCCCCAGCAGUGGAAAGACUGGUGGAGAUUCUGGCAGAUUUGACAGAAACCUCUCUUCCUUACGCCCUGGAUGCAUUCAAGAACCCUGCUGAUGUCUACCCUGGUCACCACCACCAUGCCCCCAUCCAACGGUACCCUCAUGGCCCUGCAGCUCCAGUACCACAGCACCACUACAACAGGAACCACCAGCACUACCACCACCAGCAGGGAAUGAGGAGACCAGCACGCCCUUCAUUCAGGCACCAUGGAAGGCCCAUGUCUUACAGGCGAGGCAAGUGGAACCAUCCACCACCACCACCACCACCACCUUAUAUGCAUGAUAAUUAGAUAAUGAAGGAUGAUUCAAAGGACAAGAGGUGAACAUAGCUCACCACGCAGAGACUCUUCCAAUAUGUGACUCAAGAGAACCAUUCUUAAGGGAAAAACAAUUGCAGUUUCAAGUCUGUUUUUUUUUUUUUAGAUUGAGAAAAUUUCCUUCUGAUUCACACCUGUUAGAUUUCAAAUGAUGGAUAUACUGCUGGAGAGCAAAUACAGUGAAAUACCAUACAA